CUCCGCUCCCCUUCCCUCCCCGCCCUCCUGGAACCCGCGGAGCUCCGAGCCUCUGGGUGCAGCGCGUCCCCCGCCUCCCGUGCCUCCUCCCCGGGGUCCGCGCCCUCCUCCAGGGCCCGCGCCCUCUGGGGUCUGUGCCACCCUGAGCGCUGGCACCUCGUGCUCAGCGGGACCCGAAGGCCUGGGGUAAGGAGUGGGGUCGUAACCCGCCCUGUUAGGACCCCUGCGAUUCUGAAUAAGCCGAGCUGACAAUGAGGUCCAUUCAUGAGAAUUAAGUCCGAAGAAGACGGCCCGAACAAGAGACCUUUGUCGUGUGACUUCCCAACAGACAGCGAGAUGUCGGACUCCUCGCCGUUCAAGAUGCGAUUUGUUCACCUGGACCUUAAAGGAGCCCCGCCCAAGGUCUCGUACCUCUCGGAGAUUUUCCCGCUGUUCCGUGCCCUGGGCGCAAACGGCCUCCUCAUCGAGUAUGAAGACACGUUUCCCUACGAGGGCCCCCUGAGGCUGCUGAGGGCCCCGCACGCCUACAGCCCCGCUGAGGUCACGGAGGUCCUGCGUCUGGCCGCCGCGCACGAGCUCGAGGUGGUCCCCUUGGUGCAGACGUUCGGACACAUGGAGUUUGUGCUGAAGCAUGAGGCUCUCGCCCACCUCCGAGAAGUGGCGCUUUUCCCCAACACCCUGAACCCCCACGAGGCGGAGUCGCUGGCGCUGGUGGGAGCCAUGGUCGACCAGGUGCUGGAGCUGCACCCGGGAGCCCGGUGGCUCCACAUCGGCUGUGACGAGGUCUAUUACCUCGGGGAGGGCGAGGCCUCGAGGCAGUGGCUGCAGCAGGAGCAGAACACCACGGCCACGCUGUGUCUGUCCCACGUGAAGGCCGUGGCCAGCCACGUGCGGGCCCGGCACCCGGCCACGACGCCGCUGGUGUGGGACGACAUGCUGCGGGACAUCCCCGAGGACCAGCUGUCAGCGUCCGGGGUGCCGCAGCUGGUGGAGGCAGUGCUCUGGGACUACGGGGCCGACCUGGACGUGCAGGGCAAGGCCCUCCUCGUGGAAAAGUACCGGAGGUGCGGCUUCCCCCGGCUGUGGGCCGCCAGUGCCUUCAAGGGGGCCACGGGGCCGAGCCAGGCCCUGCCCCCCAUCGAGCACCACCUCCGGAACAACCUGCGGUGGCUGCAGGUGGCGGCCCAGGGGCGGAAAGACACCCUGCAGGGCAUCGUCCUGACCGGCUGGCAGAGGUACGACCACUUCUCUGUGCUGUGUGAGCUGCUGCCCGUGGGCAUCCCGUCCCUGGCCGUCUGUCUGCAGUCGCUCCUACACGGAGGCUUCGCAGAGGACGUGCGGGCACGCGUGCAGAGCCUGCUGGGGAUCUCGAGCCUGGAAAUCGCCGGUGUCACGAGCGAGGGGACCGGCUCCUUCCCUGGCAGUGACAUCCUGGCCCUCGUCAUGCAAGUCAGCCUGCACCUGCGCAGCUCUGUGGACGAGAUGCUGCAGAGGGACAGGUACGUGACAGGCUGGUUCAGCCACUACCACCGCCGGCGGAAGCUCAUCCACCCGGUCAUGAUCCAGCACAUCCAGCCCCAGGCGCUCAGUCUCCUGGGCAGGUGGAGCGCCCUCACGCAGGAGCUGGCGGCCGCCCUGCACCGUGUCUUCCCCGAGGGCGCCGUGGAGGAGUGGCUGCAGGAGAACGUGCACCCCAGCUUGGGGCAGCUGCAGGCGCUGCUGCAGGACCUCGAGGCUGCCAGCCCCCCACCCCCACCAGCCGGCCCCGACACAGGCCAGGGCCCCUGAGGGGAUGGGCCUCCCACCCCGAGUCCAGCUCUGUCUGGCCCAACACUCGCCUCCUGCUGCGCCCGGGACGCCAGGCAGCAGGCCCCACUCGGCGCCGGUGGUGAUCAUGGGGAGAAGGCGGCUGAAACAGGGAAGGAAACGCCCGUAGGGACCUGCUCACUGAUCUGCACGUAGAACUUUAAUUCUCGUGAAAUAAAAAGGAG